GCGGAUUCGGCUCGCGUCGUUUUUCUUUUCUCCAUGCAACGAGGAGAUCGCUGCACUGGCACCAGUGACAAAAGCCCCACCGAAGGCGGCGCUUCGAGGCCCAGUCGUCUCUACCGAGCUCCAGGUCCGGUAUUCGAGGGAACGAAAUUGACAUCGGCAAGCGACUGCUCGGUGGUUUCCUUCGACGUAGUCGCGGUGUUGACGAAAUCGUGACCGGAUUACAGCGAAACGAGUGCUCGCAAGAGGCGGUAAGGACGUCCAGCCCUCGCGCAAUCUUAUCUGUCAAACCGUGAAACCCUACCCGUAAUAAAAUCAGCGCUGUCUACGCGAGUGAAACGCACUUUGGAAACCCGUUUCGUUCAAAGAGGAAAUCUGUCCCGGUAGGUACAAACUCUGAACCCGGACACAGCGUUGCGUCUUCAAGGGACCCCCAUCUUUGCGGUUGGUCGUUGCUCUUGACCCGCGGAGAAAGAAACCGAGGGUCUUACCAUCCGACGUAGGAAAUAACAGCCUCACAAAGUGUCUAUGACUCGGAUGUCGGGUUCCCCGAAUUCAACCCAUGCUCUGGAGUUAAUGAAUCACCGUUCAACGGUGGUCGCAAUUGCCACAUAGCUGAGCGAGCAUGUCCAGUGUCAGGUUCGCCAGUGUCACGUGAAGAUUAACGUACCCAGCGGAACGGAUCGUCUCUGAAAGCCAUAGCAGCCGACAACCGGUGUAGAUACGCACAAUCGUCAUAAGACAGGAGAAGAUUCAGAGCGCGACUUGGAAUCAGCUGAGUCGGGUGACUCGUGCGGUUAUAAAUGAGUAUUCCUACGUACACGCGUGCAACAGCCUAUAUAUUUAGAUAUUUGUACCAGUGUUGAUACGUGCAGAUUCAAGAGUCGAUGUGAUCUACACGCACGUCACACACACGCAUGGGCAUCUGCUUUUACGUCUGGUUGGCUAAACGAACGUGUGCAAGCAAGCAUUUUAUCACCGCUGUGGAGUAAGUGACUCAUUCCCUCACUCACUCAUCGCCUGUACGUGUGUCUUUCUCCUUCUAUUUUUUUCCACUCUCUCACUCUCUCGGUGGAAUAGGUAACGUCAGAACGAUAAUGUUCCAGCUAUAAAUAUGAAACGAUCCGUCGUUCAUCGCCGCGAAACACUACCGAGUCUGUUACGCCAUAAUUGGUAUCACCAUUGAUCAAUCUUUGGACUCCGAGAUAAGAGAAACCUUGCGAACUUUAGAGAGGUGUCGCUGUGUCCAAUUUCGUGUGAAAUAAAAAUCACACGAGCAUCAGCGACUGUUCGUUCCGAUGUAACAUUGACUGGAACCGACUUCGAAGGAACCUUUAAAUGAAUUAUCCACAAUUUGUAAUACGAACCACGUAAUAACAGCGCGAAGAGGCAUGAGAUGCGAUGUGCGCGGAUGAUUUAAAAGUAGCUCAUGCCUAUGCAAACAAGCGGGCAACACCUAAUUAUCGUCGGUUCAAACACCGUGUGGACACUGCGCUUAGAGGGUCAUGGAUUUUCGCACGCCAGGUUAGAGGAUCGAGGAGCGAUUGAAUCGGGAGCCUUGAACGAUCACACGAGAGACCGAAGAGCGUUCUGCGACCGCCAAGUUUAACAUUGAAAGAGUAAAAUGGAGGCAAAACCAGUGCCGAAACCUCGCUCGACCUUGAUCGCCGAGGGCAAGGGCACACGACCCGUGCCGGUACCGGCGCCUAGAAAUCUGCAUUCCACCACCGUGCGAUCAACGCCGAGGUCAACGAGCUCAAGCGAGUCGAGUACCUCGGAGAAAAGCGAUGAGGGCACGAAGUCCUGCACGACUCCUGAGGGCAGGAGCUCGGGGCCCGAGUUCUUCCGAACCCUGGGCAACUCGUCGAGGAAUUUCAAGGACGAGAUAUCGGAGAAGAUGACGUCGAAGAGCAAGGCGGUGAUAUCGAGCACUCGGAACGCUAGCCUGCGACUCGAGAAAUCGGUUAAGAAUUUGCUGACGCGGCGCCUGGCCUCGCUGAACAACGAAGACGGACUCGGUGGCGACGUGCCCGACGAUAUCGUCGACGCUACGAACCGGAAGCUCAAAGACACGAUCGGCGCACGUCAGGAUCGAUGCGUCUCCAUGCCGACCGACGACAUUUUCAACGGUAUAUCGUUCUACAGUCCGCUCGGGACGACCCUGAAGAGCGUGCGCAACGUCGAGGACUUGUCGACGGUCCGGUACAGCCCACCACCGCCGAUUUACCCGCCCCCGCCGCUUCCGGAAGAGUCGAUCUACGACGAGCUCCAGUCGGUAACUUCCGGGCACAGCAGUAGGUACGAUACUCUCAGUUCAACCGUCUCGGCAGUUCGAGACCUCGACCUCAGCGACUCCUUCGACCUUCUCAGCUUCGCUCGAAGCCACGGAAGCGACUCUGACCUCAGCAUGAACAACGGUGAGUCGAAUUUAACCGAGAAAAUCACUAUCGACGGACCCAAACGACUCUCCAGGUCCGAUUCCUGGACCUUUUACGACGCAACGCCGAGCCCCAAGCCCGGCGUUGACCUCGAGGCGAUGUCGAGCCUCGACGAAGGCGUCAACGAACCUCCGAUACAGGAACCAGUUCUGAACAACCCGCGAGCGAGCACGGUCUCGAUACCGAAUUCCAUGUACGAGAACUGGCUGCCUCGGAAGCUGGACUCCGACCAAAUCGUGGUCGAGUCCGGGCGGGAGACGAGCAAGUCGCUGCUCUUCGAGUUUGACCCUCUCGCUCGGGCCGACGAGAGCGUCUACAGCAACUACGAGAACAACGAUCUGAUGCUGCUGGAGGCUCUCCUCGCCACCAGCGAGUCGCCGAGCAGCGCCGGGAGCCUCGCAGACCUCCAGGAGCAGGAGGAAGACGCGGAGGACGAAGCCUACCACGAGGUCAUCCAGCCCAAGGACGAGGGAGUCGAUAAUGCCGAAGCGACUGGACCACCGCCGGAGCCCCCAAGGCGGUACGACUCCCUACCGAAGAACGAUUACGACGAGGUCGAGAUGAUCGAAGUGCCGAACAAGAAUCCAGCCCUGCUGCCAAAGCUCUCUCAGCUGCGUAAGAAGCAGCCGGCGGUGCCGCCGAGGAAACCUUCGAUAAAAAUUCACGUACAGAGGGAAACCAUCGGAGUUACAGAGGUCGCGACGUGUCCCGAAGAGGUGCCACCACCGAGUCCCCAGGUCGCGGAGGAGAACAGGACCUCGAUGAUGAGGAAAUUGCAGAGGAAACUGAGGCACGACUCGGUCGCCAGCAUCAGGCCAAACGUGAUGAGCUUCGUGCGGGGCAGUAAGCUGCUAUCCCGGAACCGCGACGUCCCGAAGGAACCCGCGAUCGGGGGCAGGCUGGAGCGUCCACCGUACACGGGACACAAGUCGACGCCGCAAAGGGGGAUCGUCUACAGACCCGGUGUCGGUAUCGAGAGGGCGAAAGACUUGGUGCCCCGGGCCGCCGUGCUUCAGGACAACAAGUUGUCCUUCUACACUGACAAGAGCAUGACCACCCUGAAGGAGAGCGUCCUCCUCGAGACGAUUCACAGCGUGCAUCUGCUCCAGGAUGUCAAGACAGUCGACGGGGAAGCUGUUCACUGCGUGGCGAUCAGCGGGGAUGGAAGGCCUGGCGUCCACGUGUUCUACGUCAAGGGUGUAACGGAACGAAGAAUUUGGGCCCAACGUAUUCUGGAGGCUCUGACGCCAGUCUUUCCCGUUAGAUACAGUUCCGAACUAGCGAGGGUGGGCUGGGCCUAUGUCAAGGAAGGCGUUACCGGAACGUGGUUUCCUGCUUGGCUGCUGUUGCAACGAAGAAGCCUCUUCUACACGCGGUCAAUGGAUCCCGUUAUCUUUGAACAUCUGGACCUGCGGAAAGCCCGUUGCAUAGUCCUCAGAGAACACGAGGGACCGAUCCCUGGGGGUGGAAGCGUUCCGGUCGUGGUUGUCGAUGCCGGAGGAAAAAGUGCCCUACAUAUUGCAGCGCCGGGUUCGAGAGAAGGUCCUGCAUGGAAGCACGCCCUCUACCAAGCGGCGACAAGCUGCGGUCCUGACAUUGAGCAGCAGCAGCUGACGCAGGACAACGUGCCGGUCAUCCUGGAGAAGUGUAUAAAUUUCAUUUACACCCACGGUAUCAUGUCCGAGGGCAUUUAUCGGCGCAGUGGAUCCAGUACCGCUGUUGCCCGCCUCUUGGAAGCAUUCCGCAAAGAUGCGUGGGUGACGCAAAUCACGAAGGUUGACUACUCGGAGCACGACGUUGCGACGGUGCUCAGACGAUUCCUGAGGGAUCUACCUGAGCCCCUUUUGCCCGCCGCCAGUCACGAUUCUCUUUGCCGAAUCGUGGACAUGAAAAACACGGAUGAGCGGGUGGCGAACUACAGAAGCAAGCUCGAGAGGUUGAGCACCGUGGCGGGGGCGACGCUCCGGAGGAUACUGGCCCAUCUUCACUGCCUGAGCCAGCAGAGCGCGAGGAACCGAAUGACCGUUACGAACCUGUCAGCAGUGUGGGGCCCCACAUUGAUGCACGCCGGAGAGACUAAGAGCGACGAUUGGAACCGGUCCGAGACGAGAGUGGUCGGGGACCUGAUCGAGCUCUACCCGAAGCUCUAUCAACUCUCCGCGGCGGACUUGGCCAGGGAGGCGAAGAUCCUGGAGGUUCUGGAGCGGCACCACGUGUCCAACAAUCGUCCAAGGGCGGCGCCCUCGGGGGACCUCAAGAUCUGGAUCUACGUGAUCGCGAGGGACGGGGAAUGCGUCAACGUCACGCUUGGUCCCCACAAAACCGCGUUCGACGUGUGCAGAGAACUGGCGGACAAGACGGGCCAUCAACCCCACGAGUUGUGCCUCGAGGAGUCGGCCCUUGGUGGUGACCUCGAACGUCCCCUGCAUCACAACGAGAGCGUGUUGGAGACCGUCGCAAGGUGGGGGUACUGGGACGUCGAAGACAGAAAGGACAACGUCCUGGUACUCAAGAGAGACAGAGUCUACAAAGACAUUGUUCCCUUGGUGAACCCACCAAUGACGAUAUCCGGAGAGCUCAAGUUUGCUGAUAACAAGACUAAGAAUUUCAAGAACUACUUGUUCGAGUUCAGCCAAGCCAAGCUCUGCUGCUACAAGGACAAAAUGUGCGCGACGAAACUCCACGAGUGGAGAAUCGAGGACAUCGUUUGGUACCUGGGUCACGAAUCGAAGCGCAAUCCGCAGAUGGGGUGGUCUAUCACGUUUAUCACGAAGAACGGAAAGCCCAACAGGUGCAAGGAGACUCCCUUCUUCGGUUACACCCUUGCUGGAGCGUUGAAGGGCGAAGAGUACCGUUGGUUGGCAGCAAUGUUGUUCGGGGAGUACCAGCUGAACCUUCGCCCAUCCGCGGUUAACCUGAUGGACCCUUGAAUUAGUUCCUUCAAGAUAUUCCUCGUUGUAGGUAUAUAAUCAAGGUUCGCUUGCUGCCUUAACUUCAAUCCAAGAGCUUCCUCAGUGCCUUACAAAUCUUGCCCUUGCAGCGAUUAUAAUGGAACCAAUUAAAAUUACAGUUAACCUUCAAUUAUUAUCAUUACGAUCGUGAAAUUGACUGACAUGUUAUGAACGCGAUUAGUUUCAUAACGCCUUGUGGGAAACUUACAUGUUCCGUAUUCCUUUUAUAUUUAAAUUUGUACAUAGUCAUUUUUAUAUACGUGAUUUGCGAAGAAAUCGUUCAAUGUUUUGAACCUCCUCGUAUAUGUAGCUUGACGAAUGAUUUUGUUACCCGCAGGCUGCAAUAUUUUUAAUGUAUUUUUAAUUACGUUCACAUGUUUUUAAAUUUAGAUGUAUAUUUGACAUAUUUAAUGGUAAGGAAAGUCCAUUGCAUUUAAAGAUUGUUGAAAUUUUUUAUCGGUUAGUUUUGUUUUCUCUUUUCUUUUUAUCGCUAGUAGAUCGGUGCUAUACGUAUAACGGUACAAUAGUCCUUCUUUACAUACCUAUAGUACACUGUAAUGGUAAUGAAUAAAUCUGAUGGAAAGUGUUAAUUGUUCGAUUUAACACCAAAGAAAAACGUUACAUCGUUGCGGAGUGGCCAGCAGAGCGGCCAGCAUUUUAAAAGAGAUAUUUGAAUUACUGAUGAGUGAGUCAGAA